GGUGAUGCAAAGCCAAGGGUAACAAUUCCCCAAUUUAUUUUACAUAAAAAAGAAUCCCAAACAGUCCGCUUCGCGUACAAUUCUCGAAAUUCGAAAACCAAAAGGAAACUAAAAAACAAAAUCCCCAAAAAGCUUUCGCCAAUUGACAAGCGGGAGGGCGUGAGAUUCAUCCAUCUUCUAAAGCAAAAAUAAUCUUUACAUUUAAUACAAAACAGGGGUUAGGGUUUUUUAUUUUAUUCUUUGAUUUUACCCUCACGCUAGCUAGAAUUGGAAGACCUCUAGAAGGCCAAUCUUUCCUAGUGUUUCGGUUCCUUUUAUUUUCUCGUGAUUUGCAAAGAUAAAGUGUUAGGGUUAGGGGUUUUAAUUUGCUUACAAAGAUGUACGCUGAUCGGGUGGAGGAGGGUGCUGGGAAAAGGUCGGUGAAGGAGAGACUCAAUGGCAAUUCCGCCGGUAAUUUCAUUCCUCGGCGUCAAAUCGCUGGCAAGAGACAGAGGCAAGAUGACAAGUGGGAACAUGAUCUUUACCAAGAAGAUGGACCUAAUGUUUCAAGACCUAAUGUUUCAAAUCGUAAAGUCGAUGCUAGAGAUCUUCGGUUGAAGUUGCAAAGGAAAAGCCUGCAAAAUGUGUCUCAAAGUGGAAGGGGAACUCUCUCAGGUGUCUGUGAUCUUCGUGAAAAGUUAUCUGGAACAAUGAAUGCACAGCCAAUAAAUUCUGAUCCACCAAAACAAAAAGUGAAGGUUGCCCAACCUGCCAGGAAAAGUGUAGCAGUUGAAACAACUGAACCAGAGCCCAGGAGAGCUUCAAAUACUCCAGCAAGAAAGAAGGCUAAGCAAAGCGCUGAUACAUCCGUGGAGGGCUUCCUCCAGUCCUUGGGUCUUGAAAAAUAUGCAAUCACUUUUCAAGCUGAGGAAGUUGAUAUGACUGCACUUGUACACAUGACAGAUGGGGAUCUAAAAGCUUUAGGCAUACCAAUGGGACCAAGAAAAAAGAUAAUUCUGGAAUUGGAGUCAAGAGGCUGAUAAUCGGAGUUUUAGCAAGAGGUGGUUGCCUGUCGAAUCUCGAGAUGUGUUAAUGUCCAUUCCUACAAGAUUGUAAGGUUGUGUGUUGGGUGAUAAGAACCUGCAUUUGUACCAAUUCUUGUUGGUGUUUCCUUUUUUUUUUUCUCUGGUUAAGUUUUAUCAACAAAAGUAUGGCUUCACGAGACUUUGUUAUUGAAAUGGAAGGAUGGAAUAUCGUUAGAUUGAAAGUAGGGUAGGAAGUUUCUUUGUUGGCAAUUAGUGGCAUUCAGUUAGAAACUUUAAACUGACGUCUGGGCUGCAUCGUCUUAAAUUUAUAUUUUUGUAAAGUUUCUAAACUCUAAAUCCAAGUGUUUGAGAGCUUAACUAA